AUGGCAGUCUCUGAGCAGAACCUGGAUGACUACAGCAUCUACAGUCACCUGGCAGACGAGGAGCUGCUGCAGAUCGCUGUUGAGAGAAGCUUGUCUGAUAAACAGGCUUCAUCAUCAUUAUCAUCAUCAGGCCCAAUCCAAACAAACCCUAACCCCACACACAGAGGUCCUGACCCCCCCAAAAGGGUGCAAACGGUUCCUGCACCUGAACCUGCCCCCCACAUCCAAAAUUGUAUAAACCCUCCCACAGCCCUGUCACAGUUUCUCUACAAGGUCUACAAGAGAGAGGUCAGUCCAUUACAGUCCAUCAUCAUGAGUGGGGAUGCAGAGGCUCUGAUGGAAUUGGUCCGGAGGCGGUUAAGCAGCCUUAUGGAGCCAAAUGAUGAAGGCUGGAUCGCUCUUCAUGAAGCUGCUUAUUAUGGACAGCUGCAGUGCAUUAGGAUCCUGGUCAGAGCUGCACCUGACUCAGUGAACAGGGGUACCUUAAAGCAUGGUACCGCUCUGAUGCUGGCCAGUCAGCGAGGCAAUGUUUCCAGUGUCGAGUUUCUUCUGAAGCACGGAGCUGACCUAAACAUCACCAACAAGGCCCAGGAGACACCGCUGUUUGCAGCCUGUGAGAAUCCAAACAAAGCCAUCGUAGAGCUGCUCCUGAGUUCAGGAGCUCAGGUGAACCGCUCCUGCAUUCAGGGGGGAACACCUCUUCAUGAAGCCUGCAGACAUGGACAACUGAAGCUCUGCAAGAUGUUACUGGAUGCUGGUGCCAAUCUUAAGCUGAAAAACAUCUAUAGUAUCCAGCCACUCUUUACCGCUGCACAGCAUGGACAUGCAGAUAUAAUCCAACUGCUUGCACAUAAAGGUGCAGAUAUAAAUGCACAGGCCGGAGACGGAGCCUCGCCGCUAUAUGAAGCCUCUAAAAAUGGUCACGUUUCAGCUGUGGAGGCACUGCUUACUUUAAAAGCUGAUGCCAACAGAACCACAAAGGCUGGACUGCUACCUCUUCAUGUGGCUGUUCAGAACAACCAUGCACGUGUCGUAUCCAUGCUGAUCCCAGUCACCAGCAGGAUCAGAGUCCAGCGCUGUGGGAUCAGUCCUUUACACAUUGCUGCAGAGAGGAACAGGGAUGAAAUAAUGGAGCUUCUCAUCGAGGCUGGCUUUGAUGUCAAUGCCAAGCUGUCGCAGGACUGGUCCAGGAUCUAUGAAGACCACCGAAGUACAGCGCUCUACUUCUCAGUCUACAAUGGAAACCUAGAAGCUACAGAGAUGCUGCUGGUUGCUGGAGCAAACCCCAACCUAGAUGUCUUCAACCCAUUACUCAUUGCUGUCCGGCUCGGCUGGGUGGACAUGGCAGCGUUGCUGCUGAGGUACGGUGCUGAUGUGAGUGCUCAGGUCUCCACACAGCCGUCCUCAUUCCCAUCGGCUAUCAUGCUCAGCAUGGACACUCUUCCUGUGCUCAAACUGCUCUUGGACCAUGGCUGUGAUGCCCAGUCCUGUUUCGAGUGUUCCUAUGGCCAGAAACCACAUCCUGCCAUCGCACCAUCACGACGUCCCAUUGAAGAGCUGCAGUUUAGCGGAGAUUUUACACCACAGCACCACCUUCAGUUUUGUGAGGCCAUCUCCAGCAUGUCUUUUUGCCCAACACCUGGUCCAAUCAUCUUGAUGCUGCUGGACUAUGUCAGCCAUAUACGAUUAUGCUCUCGACUGGUUGGAAUCCUGGAGAGUCAAGGCGACUGGGCAGUGAUCAAACUAAAAGCUUUACCUCCUCAUCCUCUGAUGCAGCUUUGCAGACUGAAGAUCCGAUGCCUGGUUGGAGUCCAACGACUCAAACUGCUUCACACUCUGCCACUUCCUGUCAGACUUAUUCGCUUCCUGCAAUACGACGUCAAGUGUUCACUCACCCUAGGGGUGUGAAAUUAAUGUAUUAGUGUCAUGAAGAUGUUGCUUUUUGCCUCACUAAAUCAUCAUGGUAACUGGUACUGAACAGAUCAUCUGGUUGGGAGCAGGUUACGUUCAGAGUUUGAG